AUUUAAAAGACUAAGGUUUGCACUUAUAAGCCCUUGCAUAAAAACUUCAUGUUUUAAGGAGGUCCAGGGAUGAGUGCAGUCCUGAGAUUGGUCAGAUGCAACUUUGUAUCAUUUUUCUUACAAAGAAAGAUCUAUGAAGAUGUCCCCGAUACUUAACUGUGAUUUCAUUUGUUCUCUAGGAAAAUCUCAUCUGGCCAUUGUCCAGCGGGUGAAUAAUGAGGGAGAAGGAGAUCCUUUCUAUGAGGUGAUGGGCAUUGUCACACUGGAGGAUAUCAUAGAGGAGAUCAUCAAGUCAGAGAUCCUGGAUGAAACGGAUCUCUACACUGACAAUCGGAAAAAGCAGAGGGUCCCACACCGGGAGCGGAAGCGGCAUGACUUCUCCUUGUUUAAGCUUUCGGACACAGAGAUGCGGGUGAAGAUCUCACCACAGCUUCUGCUGGCCACACACCGCUUCAUGGCCACAGAAGUGGAGCCCUUUAAGUCUCUGUACCUUUCGGAGAAGAUCCUGCUCCGGCUCCUGAAACAUCCCAACGUGAUCCAGGAGCUGAAGUUUGAUGAGAAGAACAAGAAGGCCCCGGAACACUACCUCUACCAGCGCAACCGCCCUGUGGACUACUUUGUGCUGCUUCUACAGGGUAAAGUGGAGGUGGAGGUUGGUAAGGAAGGCCUUCGCUUUGAGAAUGGAGCCUUUACUUACUAUGGCGUCCCAGCCAUCAUGACCACUGCUUGCUCAGAUAAUGACGUGCGGAAGGUUGGAAGUCUGGCUGGAUCUUCUGUCUUUCGUAUGUAUCUCUCAAACCCCUUCCUCGUCCUCCCCAUCGUAGUCCUGCCUCAGCCCGCUCUGGGGACCUGGACCUGGGCUGGGGCUAAGACAAAUGCUGGCAGCCUCUUUGUAAUGUUCUGCCAGGAGCACUGCUUCCUGCCAGGUACCCACAGACCAUGGGAGCUUAGGUUCUUGUGUUUGGAAUGUAUUCUGCGGCUUCUCUGCUCACAUGGCUGGGGGGAAGCAGGGGUUGGGAGGGGAGGCACUGCUUAUUGCCACCUUCCAGGAAAUGCAGGCAGGUGAUUUGUGUGCUUGGGCAGAGGUUCAGCCCUUCUUUCUGUGCAGUAACAAUUCACUCAUGGCCUUUACUCAGAAACUCUCAUAUGCUAUUAUUGUGUCUGUGGGGUUUGUCCGCAGUAAGAAGUGACUGCAAGAUUUGGGGAUGUAAGUUCCACCCUUGUGCAAUACGCUGCUUAUCUGCUUCUCUUUCCUGCUUCUCCACCUCUCAGCUAGUGGAGAGGUAUCUGCCAGCUGGCCAUGCAUGCUGUUGGUGGGGGGCAGGCACAGGGCUGAUGGCUGGUUUGCUCUGCCUCUUCUGUGCUGUGCCUUCUUGCUGUUUCCUGUGUAGUUAUUGCACUUGUGUUUAAAGGGCAUGGCAUUUCUUCUGAUUAAAAGUGUGAUCCAGAAAGAA